AUGUCCAUCUUUUCAAAAUCAAUUCCCAAUAAUACCUUAUGCCUUCACCACCCUUCUGCUGCUUACGCAUUGAAAGUGAUGUUCUUACCCGAAGCUCUCAAGGUGUUCAAGGAAAUGCCGCAAUGGAAUGUUGUGUGUUUCAAUGCGGUGCUUUCUGGGAUCUCGCAAAAUGGACUUCCAGGGGAGGCUUUGAAGGUGCAUUGCUUGGCAGUGAAGCUGGCAGUUGAAUUUGAUGUUUAUGUUGCCACUUCGCUUGUCACUGUGUAUUCAAAUUGUGGUGACGUUUCUGCGAGUGAGGUAUUUAAAGAAAUGCCUCUGAAGAGUGUGGUGAGUUAUAAUGUGUUUGUUUCUGGGUUGUUGCAAAAUGGAAUUCCUCGUUUGGUUUUGGAUGUGUUUAAGGACAUGAUAAUGGUGGGAUUUUUAGAGGUUAAACCCAAUUCAGUGACUUUGGUGUCUGCGCGUUUUGCUUGUGCUACCUUAUUGUAUGCUUGUUUUGGUAGACAGGUUCAUGGUCUUGCUUUAAAAUUUGCUUCAUAUGAUGAAGUUAUAUUGGUUACUGCACUUGUGGACAUGUAUUCCAAGUGUGGUUGUCGGCAUGCUGCUUUCAAUGUCUUCAAUGCAGCUGAAGGGAAUAAUAGAAACUUGAUCACUUGGAACUCCAUGAUUUCUGGGAUGAUGCUGAAUGCAGUGUGA